CUCCGUUUCCUCCUUGGACAACAAUUCGGCCAAGCCCACUGCCUUUUUUUCUUAUAAGUACACGCAAACUCGCUUCGAAGAAAAGCCCAAACCACGCACAAUAACAUGACUCUUCACGCCACCGCCGCAACCUCUGUUCCACCAGCCGCCGCCGCCGGCGGCAAUACCAACAACAGCAUCAACAUCCAAUACUCUCCCAAGAUCACCCACGAACAAUUCUGGCUGCGGGUCCAAUCCAUCCCUUCCACAAUCCAAUUCAGGCUCACUCACCCCUCCUCCUCCGAUCCCGCGGCCAUCUCCGUCGCCGACAUCGGAGAAUCGCAGUUUCUCGACGGCGUCGACGACAAGUCGCACGAGGUCGUCUCGCAGCUGCUGAAGUGCUCGCCUCUGGCGGCGCGGAUGGAAUACGAGGAUCGCGAAGCUUUGAUCUGGGAGAUAAUCGACGCGACCUGCGACAUUAUCAUUGACAACGGAGGAGGAGUCGGCAGCGCGAUUAGCAAAAUCUGGAUUGUGAACGUGGAGAUUGAACAAGAACAGAGUGGUGGUAAUAGUGGUUACGAAGACGGAGGAAGAGAAACGCAAAACGGCGCCGGUUUGAAUGGGGUUGAGAAAGAGGCGGACGAGACGGCGUCGUUGUGUCGGUGUGCGAUCUGUUGUAAAGGGAUUCCGGUGACCUGGUCGAAGGAUUAUUGUCCCGAUAAGAAUUGCCCCAGUCGCCGCGUUGAGUUUAACUCCAAUGAAUAAUCUUUCAUUUCUCAUGGUGGGUUAUUAUUAUGGGUUGGAGCCUUGGAGGCAAUGUUAUGUAAUUAAGCCAGCUAUGUUCAGUUUGGGAACUAGAAAAUAAGAUUUGUAAAAGGAU